AUGGCUGUUUGUGACGUGUGUGUGAAACCUGUGAAAUCUAACCAAGUUAAGUUGCAGUGCAGUGACUGCAAAAAGGAGUUCCAUGCGCAGUGUUACAACUAUAGUAGGGCUGACGUAGAAUGUCUAAAUGCAGAGGGUUUGCCAUGGAGGUGUAAGCCUUGUAGUGCAGUAAGAAGGAAAAGUCUUCGUUUUGAUGCUGAAGUUACUGAGGGGUCGCUCACUUUGGAGGAUGUAAUGCAGAAAAUCAUAGAAAUCGCUGAUAACCAGAAAAAGCAAGAGGCGGACUUUAAUAAGGCCUACGAACACAUGAAUGAAAAAUUGGAAGAAAAUACGAGGUCAGUGAUUGAGCAUAAGGAGUCCAUUGAUAAAUGUUUGAAGAUAGUAGAUGAAAUAAUAGCAGAAAACAAUAGAUUAACACGUAAAGUUUCUGAGCUUGAGCGUAAGAUCGAAGACAUGGAGCAAUACUCGAGGCUGAACGCGGUCGAAAUCCAUGGAGUUCCUGAGAGCAAGAAUGAGGAUGUUGUGCAAGUGAUCAAGGAUGUCGGGAAAGGUUUGGAUAUGGAUAUAACUGACUCGAUGAUAGAUGCCUGUCAUCGACUGGGGAGACGAUCUGAACCUGGAAGUCCACCACCUGGUAUAAUAGUGAAGUUUGUUAGACGUCUAGACAAGGAGGAACUUCUGAAGAAACGUCGUGUGAAAUCCAACUUAUCGACCAGACACAUGAAUUUGACAAUGGAUCAGCCUGUGUACCUGAACGAGUCCCUUUCACCUACAAAGCGGAGACUGUUCGCGGAGGCGAGGAAGGCAAAGAAGGACAAAGGAUACAGGUUCCUGUGGGUCCGCAACGGGAAGAUCCUCAUGCGCAAAGAAGAGAAGAGUCCAGUGAUUCAGGUGACCUGUCAGGCUGACAUAGCUAACCUGUAG